AUGGCGGAGACCACUACCCAAGCCCCCGAGGUUGACUACACCCUUAACAACCCGGACACAUUGACCAAGUACAAGACUGCCGCGCAGAUCUCUCACAAGGUCCUUGAGGCCGUGUCAGCCUUGUGUCAAGAGGGAAGCAAGAUUGUUGAGAUUUGCCAGAAGGGCGACGCAUUGCUUGAGGAAGAAAUCAGCAAGGUUUACAAGGGCAAGAAGAUCACCAAGGGUAUUUCUCAUCCGACGACGAUCUCUCCCAGCUCUCAUGUUACCCCAUACACCCCGCUGGUUUCCGAUGCCCAGGAGGCAGAGACUACCCUGAAGGCCAACGAGCUCGUGAAGAUCCAGCUUGGUGCUCAGAUUGAUGGCUUCGGAACCAUUGUCUGUGACAUGGUCGUCGUCGGUGCCUCUGGUGUGGUGACCGGCCGCGAGGCCGACCUUGUUCAUGCCACCCACUACGCCAACGAGCUUCUGCUGAGACUCAUGGUACCCCCCGGCCUUCUGGCCAGUGGCUCAGAGGAAGAGAAGAAGAAGGCCGCUGCCGAGAAGCCUCCUACUCAGGCCCAGAUUUCCCAGCUGAUCGAGAAGGUCGCUAAGACCUACGACUGCAACGUGGUUGAGAACACUACUAGCUGGCUCUUCGAGCGCAACGAAAUUGAAGCCGAGAAGAAGAUUAUCCUCUCCCCCGGCUCUGGCGUCCGAGGCGAGGGUGUCCCCGACGUUGGUGAAGUCUGGGGCGUCGAGAUCGGUCUCUCUCUCGGAUCCGGUAAGGUCAAGAACCUACCCCUCCGCGCCACCCUGCACCGCCGUACCACUACCACCUACAUUCUCAAGCGACCCAGCUCCCGACAGACGCUGUCGGAGAUUGUUAAGAAGUUUGGCCAAUUCCCCUUCAGCUUGCGACAGCUGGAUGACGAGAAGUCCGCCAAGGUUGGUGUCGUGGAAUGUGUCCGUGGCGGCGUCCUGCGUCAGUAUGAGCCGGCGGGUGAUGCCGACAACUCUCCGGUUUCCCGGUUAUUGACUACCGUUGCCAUAACGAAGAAUGGCCUUACCAAACUCGCUGCACCCGCUCUUGAUCUCUCCAAGUACCAGACGGACAAGAAGAUCGAGGAUGAGGAAAUCCUCAAGAUUCUUGACCGUCCGUUGUCCAAGUCGACUGGCUCUAAGAAGAACAAGAAUAACAAGAAGAAGACCGCCAAGAAGGCGGGUGGUCAGAGCGACGAGUAA